CACGGGCCUGCCAGCGCGCCCCCCCCCCCGGCCGCGCGCGCGCUGCCCACGCGGGCGCCCCGCACGCCCACGCCUGGCAGCCCCUUGUGGGCGGAAAAGGCCAUGAGCGAGGAGGCGCCGGAGGAGCAGGAGUCCGUCCCGCUGGCCCAGGCGUCGCUGCAGCAGCUGAACGUGGUGAAGCAGCAGCUGGAACAGGACUUUUUUGGACAUCAAGGGUCUGGAGAACAACUACGCCGCCCUCCGCGAGGACCGGUCCCGCUUCACCUCCUCCACGGAGACGCUGAAGUCCCUCGUGCCCGAGAACAAGGACAGGUAAGCCCGUGCUCGUGCCGAUCACCUCGUCGCUAUACCUUGACGGGGAGAUGA